AUGCCUGAAAUGGAUAUUGAAAAAGAAUCAGAGGAAGUAGACUCUCCUGAUACCAUUGGAAUGAAUAUUAAAGAAGAAUCAGAGGAAGAAGACUCUCCUGAUAUCAUCAAUGUGAAGACUGAACUUUUUGAUGAUAGUCUUGAUCAAACUUUUCAAGAGUUCAAUUGCACAAAAUGUCCUGAAAAAUACAGGAAUGAAAUGUCAUUGAAAAUUCACCUAAUGCUCCAUCAGAACCAUAAUUAUUGUUUUAUUUGUAAAAAGACUAUGCAAAAAAACUUUCAUAAACAUUUGCAAAUAAAGCAUCUUGAAUGUGAAUGCUCAGUUUGUGGGAAUGGAUACUUAUGGACUAAAAGCCUCAAGAAACACAUAUCUAUUCACACAGGUGAUGGGGGUUACGUCAGUUGUGACCAAUGUGAUAAAUUAUUCAGGCAAAAUAGUUCCUUGAAGAGACAUGUUCAGUAUAUUCAUCAAGGAAUCAAACCUUUUGUGUGUGAGGUUUGUGGUGGUUCCUUCACAACUAAAUCGAGCUUGAAGAAACACAUUAGAAAAAUUCAUGCUGAUUAUAGAAAAAAUGAAGUUUAUGAGUGCAAUAUAUGUCCCGAGAUUUUCUGUAACAUUCAGUCAAGAAUGAAACACGAGUCAGCGCAUAUUUCUUCGAAGUCAUGUGAAAUAUGUAAGCUAACCUUCGCUAAUCCAAGUGUGACACGUAGACAUUUGAGAGCCCAACAUUAUAACACCGAAACUUGUCCAUAUUGUAUGAGAAAAUUCCACAAAAGUAUGUUAGAUUCCCAUAUCAAAACCGUACAUCAAAAAAGGGAUUGUCGAAUUUGUAAAUCAUCCUUCAGAAAUAGUAUAUCCUGGGCAAAACAUAACUUGGAACACCAACACAAACAUAGCAAACAAUGUAAUAUCUGUGGAUGCAAGUUGGAUGGUAUCGACAUAGAGAAACAUAACAAGUUACAUCUAGAAGGAAAAAUACAUCAUUGUACUAUAUGCAACAAACUGUUUGCCAACAUUAAACGUCAUCAAGCUAAUGUCCACAAAAACACUGAUUACAUAUAUUGCAAAAUGUGUCCAAUGAAAUUUCCUACUUCCACAGCUCGCAUCAAACAUUUUAGAAGAAUACACGAGUAUGUUGUGAAAGUAUGUUCUAUAUGCAGACGCAAGUUCAGGUCUUUCGAAGAAUUGCGAGAACACCUAUCUGUCCAUCACAAUACAUCUUACAAGUGUAGGAUUUGUCACGAACCGAUAUUCUCUUUGAUGAGUCUACGAGAUCACGAAGUCCAACACGCAGGAGUGUCAGUCAGUGCUCAAUCUGGCAGCACACGUGCAUUCAAGUGUCAAACGUGCGGGAGAAAGUUCAAAUUCUUGGACUCUUUAGAGAAUCACAAGUGUAGAAAAGGCAUGUACUACUGUCAUUUAUGCGAUGUCAGGUACUGCUCACUGCCAAAUGUCAAACGUCACAUGAUAAAUCAUCACACCCCGAGGGUAUAUCUCGACGAACAAGAAGAAGAACAGUUGGAAAAGAACCGACUGAGACUGAUCAACCUGUUGCGCGGCACGAAAAAGAAGUACCAGUGCAAGAAGUGUCAUACAUCGCUAGCUUCAUUGGAAACAUUCAAAAAACAUUAUUGCAGAUUCCAAGUCUAUAAAGGUAGAGGGCGAGAGCCCCUCAAGAAAAGGAACACUAAGUUGGAAUGUGAAUAUUGUGGAUGGUUGAGUUAUAAUAAGAAUAAGCUGAGGAACCACAUUGUCAGGAAGCACAUCAUGAAAAAGAGUUGUGACGAUCAAACUGAGAAUCAUGAUAAAUCAGAUUCAAAUGAAUCUGCUACUACCGAGAUUAUUUAUAUCAAAAUUGAAAAAUCAGAUGAUGACUGA